UAAGACUCGAAUUCAAAUGGCUGGGUACGACGAACUCAUCCGACGCCUGGGCGAGACGCCUUUGAACGAAGGCUCGGCGCUGGCCAACCUUGAGAACGUCGACCAACUAGCUCGCGGCACCGAUCCUGAAGAUGCGACGGUUAUCCUGGAAGAGGCUGUGGAGAAGACCCUGCGGUGCGCGGACCUCCUCGACAAAGCGAUCCGUCUGUCACACAAAUUCAACCACAGCAUGCACGACAAUGCAGAGGACAUUCACGGCGACGCGUAUGCCUCAGCCGUGCGAGAACUGAUUGCCGCAGACGAGAGCGUGGACGCUGUUGCCCAAAAGUCCCAGGCGUUUCACGACGCGAGCAAGGCCAGCCGCGCGCUGCUGGCGCACGCCGACCCGAACGUCGCAAGCAGCAACGACGAUGCGUUCCACGACUUGUAUUUAGAGGAGUUUGCGACAGUGUUUGGCGACGAAUUGGACCGGUUCCGUCAAGACGACACGUUUGAGGCCAAGGACGUGAGUUACUUGAUCUCGUGCAUAAAGGGUGGCGCCGACGUGUACUCGCCACUGGAAAAAGCGCUGUUUCUAGCCCCUCAUUCGACUUAACAACACAAUAAUUCCAAUAUAGUGUACAUGCAUGGGACUUGCA